AGAUAAUAGUAGGAGCCAAGGCAAUGAGUGAGGUCGGCUGAAACCAAUGCAGUCCUGCCCGGGACUGGAGAGCCAAUCGCAAGAGCAGAGGGCGGGGCGUCGGCGCCAGCAGAUAAUUGCUAAGUGCCUCGCUAGCACAGUUGGUCGGAGCUGCUGAAAGGUCUGGCCGCAGAGACAGGAACGCGUAAUCCUCAGCGUGCUCGGUCCCGACAGCAUCCUUCCACGGCUCGGCAGAGCCGCGAGCCUCCGGGCACCAGCCCCUCUGCUCCGCGGAAAAGCCUGAUGAAGUCCUCCGAUAUCGAUCAGGAUUUGUUUACAGACAGUUACUGCAAGGUGUGCAGUGCACAACUGAUAUCCGAGUCUCAGCGCGUGGCUCAUUACGAGAGUCGAAAACAUGCAAGCAAAGUCCGACUGUAUUACAUGCUUCACCCCAGGGACGGCGGGUGUCCUGCCAAGAGGCUCCGGUCAGAAAAUGGAAGCGAUGCUGAUAUGGUGGAUAAGAACAAGUGUUGCACACUCUGCAACAUGUCUUUUACCUCAGCGGUGGUGGCUGACUCACAUUAUCAAGGCAAAAUCCAUGCCAAAAGGUUAAAACUGUUGCUAGGAGAGAAAACGCCACUGAAGACCACAGCAACACCCCUGAGUUCACUCAAGCCGCCGAGGGUGGACACGGCGCCAGUGGUCACGUCUCCCUAUCAAAGAAGAGAUUCAGACAGAUACUGUGGGCUCUGUGCAGCCUGGUUUAAUAAUCCUCUGAUGGCGCAGCAACAUUACGAUGGCAAGAAACACAAAAAGAAUGCGGCGAGAGUUGCUUUAUUAGAACAACUGGGGACGACUCUGGACACAGGAGAACUAAGAGGUCUGAGGCGCAAUUACAGAUGUACCAUCUGCAGUGUCUCCCUAAACUCAAUAGAACAGUAUCACGCCCACCUGAAAGGAUCUAAACACCAGACCAACCUGAAGAAUAAGUAGUGAAAACAUCAAUCAAGAAAUGAGAAAAAUUGUCGGGAUUUCUCUGCUGAGGAGAAUUGCUUGUCAACCACCAGAGGAGGAUUCUUUCGUGAACAAUGAACAUUUCUUAUGACGAUUCACAGAUUAACAUAUGACUAACUUUAGUUUUGGAGAGUGAAUGAGCUUUCUUUCUUUCUUUUUUUUAAUUUUGUGGUAAGUUAUGAUAUUUGGAUGGAUUUUUUAAUUUCUUUCCUGAUAAUACAUUAGCACAUGUUCUAAAUUAUAAUCCUAUAGCAAAUAGUGGGAGCAUUAUUCAAACUUAAAGACAGUGGGAAAAUCUAAAUUUCCAAUUUAUUCUAGAUUUCUUCAACAUAUAAUUAUUCUAUUAAAUCCUUGAUGAUUGAGAUGUAAACCACUUCUAUCAAGAAAAAAACAUUAUUUUUUCAUCAUAUUGAACCUGAUUGGUGGCAACAUGCACAGAACCAGAACAAAUCACUAUUAGUAGAAGAUACGUAAUGAACACAAACACUGGUCCUUCUCAUUUCACCUUCAAAAAUGUGAGCCAGAUUUGCCAUCUGAACAAGGAGCAUGAAGAGCGUGAAUAAAGGAAGAACCCUCAUCUUUUUUUUCUGAUCAUUCAAAGAACAGUUUCUCAAGGUUAAGCCAAGUCCUCUUCACAAGCUGCCAAAAUAAUCACUUAGGAAAAGAAUUAGUUUGCCUGCAUGAUGAUCCUCUUAGGCAAAAAUGUCUUAGCAGCUGUUGACCUUGAUGAAAUGUUUUCCCAAAGGCAUCCAAAAGAAGAGUUAUAAACCCCAGAAUGAGAGGGAAAGAAAUGAAUAUUUCUUAUGAAGUUGGGCUGAGUUGUGAGCUUUAACGUGGGGUACUGAUAAAUGAAAAGAAGUGAGUAAGUUCUGAAGAAAUGACAGCCUUGGGUGUGGUGAGGUUCCCUGGUCCUCUGUUUCUCGCUGAGCCAAGAUUCCAUCACUUUGGAAAGAAUGCCCCUGGCCAGUAUGGCAGACUGGAAAACUGUUGCUCUCUGAUGGGGAAGGUCUCUGAGCGUAACUCAUACAGCUCUUUCUCUGGGUGUAAUUCUUCUCCAUCCUGGCUGGAGUUGCUGUCCUGCAGGUGGGCUGCAGAGACAGAUAGUUGGCUUCUAUUCAUGAUGCUUCUCAGUGCUCUGACUGGGGUGGCCCUUUGUACGUUGGGACCACAGGCAAUCGAUCUCCUGGUGUCAGGAUUUUCUGAACGUCUAUUGUUUUUCCACAGAGAGCUAAGGUGGUUGCAACUCAGUGAGCAACAAGUGAAAUGACUUCGCAAUUCAUGGUGGUGUUAUUAAGGUGUUUGAAAUUUGGCACCAUUCCCUUGACAAGGGCCCACUCAGGAGGGACCAUGGUUGCCCGUGUCUGUGCCUGCAGAGAGAAGCAGCCACACCAACCACCUGCUGUCCCGUGGGAAGGAAGAAGGGUUUGAUGGGAAGGAAUCUAUUUUGCUGUUUUGGAAAGCACACAAUGGAGCUGCAAACCUCCAGUGAUGACUUUUCUUCGAAUGUGUAAAAUAAGGCUUUAUUUGUCAAUUCUGCUGUAAAAUAAGCACUGUCCAAGUAAAAAAAAGAAAAGAAAA